AUGAUCUGCGAGGAUGGAACAGAACAGAGAAUGAUCUGCGAGGGUGGAACAGAACAGAGAAUGAUCUGCGAGGGUGGAACAGAACAGAGAAUGAUCUGCGAGGGUGGAACAGAACAGAGAAUGAUCUGCGAGGGUGGAACAGAACAGAGAAUGAUCUGCGAGGAUGGAACAGAACAGAGAAUGAUCUGCGAGGGUGGAACAGAACAGAGAAUUAUCUGUGAGGGUGGAACAGAACAGAGAAUGAUGGCUAUUUUUAGACCUGUUCGACAGCAACCAGUUAAAGUAUGCAAAUAAUAAUGAGCAAAGCUUGACCAUGGUGCCUCCUUCAUGGUGUUUUCCUCUAUGGGCUGGGCCAGGUGAGAAGUAAAUGCUAUGUUCAUAGCCAAGUGGGAAGGUGGUAAUUACCAGUUGUGAAGUCAUUACAUUUACAUUUUAGUCAUUUAGCAUUUUAGCAUAUAUUUUUUUCAUACCCCCCGUGGGAAUCGAACCCACAACCCUGGCGUUGCAAACGCCAUUCUCUACGAACUGAGCUACAUCCCCUGCCGGCCAUUCCCUCCCCCUACCCUAGAUGACGCUGGGCCAAUUGUGCGCCGCCCCAUGGGUCUCCCGGUCACGGCCGGCUACGACAGAGCCUGGAUAAAUAGGAGUUGGAUGCAUUCACAUGCGUUGAACUCGUUGAGAAAUGCUGAUUGGCUAAUGGCAAACGUCAACCAUAAGCUAAAAGUACAGCUAUUAUGCUUGUGAACAAAUUAUAGUGUUCACAAACCAUUAAUAGAUUGCUUUUUAUAAGUAAUAUUUUGUUGCAUUCAACUGCUGUAAUCCAGGGAAUUUCCUUAGUAGGUGAUGUCAGAGUUCAACAUGUCGGAGAAGUCGGAGCUCAGGGAUGAUAGACUAGUUUCCCACUAGUAAUUACCAGUUGAAGGGCCGUUCAACUUUUUUUUCACCAAUCCUACUCGAAUGUGGUAAAUACCACCUUCCCACUUGGUUAUGAACGCAGCAUCAGUCCACUUGUCUCACCUGUUCCCUGGUGAAAGGGCUUGCAGCACAUAUAGGCUAUUUAUGACGCCACACAUUUAUUUAAGGAACCUACCGGUGCACAUUGCUGAAGGAAAGGACCGAGUUAGUUUUGCAUGAAUGACAUUUGAUGUCAAACGGAGCGGGUGGUGACAUGCUUACAGGAAUCUGCGUCUUCACGAAGCGUCAUCCCGGACUCACAUAGGACUUGCUGCAGAAGAUAAAGAUCUCGUGUUAUUUCCAGGUAGGUUAUGAAUUUGCACCGUCUUUUACCUGCUUAUUACUGAUGUUGUAUCCCGCAGAAGGAGAGCGGACAUGUGCCGCGUUCAAAACAACUCGGGGGGGAAAAACGCGCUCUGACUCGGAAAAAAUGUUUUGAACUGUCAUCCAACUAGCAAUUCCAAGUCGGAAACUCUUGUCUUGAAAGCACAUAUGGUGAUGGAUGAUGAGGAAUUUGACAACUGGCCUGGUAAUGAUGCGAUCACGCACUAUUGCUGCUUUCACGUGCUACUCGGAACUAAGAAACUCGGAAAUGUCCAACUGUUUGAACGCGGCACGUGUAUAACUACAACCAGUUAACAAGUCGGAAAUUAAAGAGUUCCCUUGUUCCCACUAGCACCUAAACGUGGCAUGUAGGCCCCUAUACCAACGUAGUUUUGACACAGUGGACGAGCAAAGACGCAUCUCCUUUUUCGACAUCACACAAACAAUCUUGUUAAUCACUUGAGAUUCGCACUGCUAAAAUGUUUGAUGUUCAUGUGCAGUCUUUUGAAUGCACUGCAAACAAAAUGGAAAUGGCAAGUUUGCCUGAGAGAGCAGAAUAUAAAUAUGUAUUAAAAGUGAGAUUUUUGGGGGGAUUACUGUUCAGAAUGUAUCAAAUCAAUUCAUAUAACUGUUGUUGAUAUUAAAUAAUCUCACAACAUUUCUCAUUUGGUCACUUUGGUUUUAGGAAUCUAGGUGAACUACAAUUUUUCUCCUGGGUGACAGGCAGGGCGGGAUAAAGCAGUUUUGUUGUGUCUCUUUCUUUGCACUCUCACUCAUCAGAAAAGUGGAUUAAGCUAAAGACCUGCAUAGGAUGUCAAUUCCAUCCUCAUACCUCUUAGCAUGGUAUGCAAAGUUUAACCCUCUUCAGUGGAGACCAGCCAUGAACAAACAAACCCAGUCCAGUCCAGGAGUCCUGCUAUAAUGACAUGGACUGUUGGAGCUACUAGGUAUCAUUGUAACGCCUCUCUAUCUCUUCUACCCAGUCAGCGGAACAGUGGAUCUGAUGGACCAGGUGUCCCGGUCAGUGGUGGGUAGUGAUGUCACAGACGAGACAGCCUCCAUGGGGGAGUACAGGUGGAGCUCUGAGGAUCACGAGGUAAGAUACAGGGAGCCCUUCUGUUUACUUGUCUGUGACAAUUAUGCACUUACCCCUACAUAGUAUACACAGGAGGUUGGUGUCACCUUAAUUGGGGAGAACCGGCUCGAGGUAAUGACUGGAGCGGAAUAAGCGUAAUUGUAUUAAAAUACAUCAAACACAUGGUUUCCAGGUGUUUGAUUCCAUUUGCUCCGUUCCGGGCCGUUAUGAGUCGUUCUCCCCACAGCAGCCUCCUGUGAUAGUAUAACAUGCCAUGAAGUCUGCCUUCUCCCCACUCAAAAACACAUAAAACCACAUGACAUCCAGUUAUUCAUCAACUGUUCCUGCCCUCUAGUGGAGAGGACAUUACAUUACAUUCUGACUAUUAUCCCAUCUAUUAUGUACAUUUACAUUUACAUUUACGUCAUUUAGCAGACGCUCUUAUCCAGAGCGACUUACAAAUAGGUGCAUUCACCUUAUAGCCAGUGGGAUAACCACUUAUGUCAGACAUAAUUUCAUUGCAUUUAGUUAUUGUCUUGAUGUACUUGGUGACAAAACUACAUGUAGUUCAACUAGUAAUCUAAUCACAUUUUGCAGUAGCUUGGUGGUAGUUCAACUAAGUUAAAAUCUAGGUAAUGUUUUCAGUAGUUCAAUACUUUUUUGUUGUUGUUGCCAUGUAGUGGUGUAGCUAACUACUGGAACUACACACUACUUUUUUUGCAAAAAUAAAAUGUGGGUGAAGUAGGCAAUAAUGUAUUUUCUUUUUCAGCAUCAGGCCUGCCUAAUUCUCACUUCAAACAUCGUUUGUAUGUUUAAUAGGCUAAAUAACACAUUCUGUUAACCCCAAAGACAUUUGCUCUUGCAAUUUGUAGUCUAUCACAUUUCAGAUUUACAUACUAUAGUAAUUAGUAUUCAAAUGAGCUUUGAUGUAAUUCUAAUGUUAUUUCUGCGGCCUGUCAAUCAAUGUCCGACCCUCAGGGCCAGUGUCUGGUCGCCCUGCCUGCCCUGCCUGCCCCCACUUACAAACAGAGGGUUGAGGAGUUCAAGAAGUUGUUCAAAGAACUGCCCGAGUCAGAGAGACUCAUCAUGGGUGAGUCGUGUGUGUGUGUGUGAGAGAAAGAGAAGCCAGAAACAGCCCCCCUAUCACCUGUACCUUACCUGUGUCUGUGUAUACCUGUCUCACGGUGCGUCCUGUGUAUUUUCCCCAGACUACACCUGUGCCCUCCAGAGAGACAUCCUACUGCAGGGACGCCUCUACCUGUCGGAGAACUGGCUCUGUUUCUAUAGCAAUGUGUUUUGGGGGACAAAGGUGAGCUCACACAUGAGGGAAAGGAAAAAUAAAGGCACAGUUUUCUGUUUAGCUGAUUAACUAAAUCGGAUAAUUAUAUGUCGUAAAUAUGUGUAUAUAUUGCAUGAUUCUGGUCGUGUUAAGGAUGUGAUCAGUGUGCUCUGGUCGUAGAUAGCUUUGACUCUGAGGGACAUCAAGGCCAUGUACAGAGAGAAGACCGCAAGGCUGAUCCCAAAUGCCAUUCAGAUCUGCACAGACUCAGAGAAGGUACAGUACAGUCAAUCAAACACCACCUGGGUUCUGUUCUAUAUCCCUGGACAGUUGCACUAACGCCCUGGACCAGAGCUAAGAGACCCUGUGCUUUUCAUGGUUUAACCCCUCAAGCAACUUUUCAUGCUCAGGAGUACAGCUGCAGCACUGACAAAAUAACGUGCUACUUAUCCCUUCUGUCUAUCCUAAAUGCAAACCAAUAGAUGGUUAUCACUGCAAUAAUAUUAACGGAAGAUUCCACCUAAAUAACGAUAUUUUAGUAUUUGUUUCAUUAGUCCAUUGUUGAUAUAGUCCCAAAACGUUUUGCAUGUCAGCAAUGAAGUUUUCAAGAUAUAUAACUUUCGAAAUACAGCCGGUAUGAUGCAUUUUGCAUCAUAUGAUGCUGCGCUUUGCAUCAUAUGAUGCAAAAUUCAUAAUACCGGCUGUAUUUCUGUAUUUUGAAAGUUAUACAUCUUCAAACCUUGAUUGCUGUUAUGAAAAACAGCCAGUUUUGGGGUGGAAUUUUAACUUAAGCAUCUCUCUCUCUCCCCUACAGUUGUUCUUCACUUCCUUCUCGGCCAGAGAGAAGAGUUACCAGGGAGUGUUCCGGAUGUGGCAGAACACGCUGAUGGACAAGGUGAGGUACAGAUCAACUGACAGCGACCUCAUAUAAUCUCACCUCACUCACUAGGGAUGCAUCCCAAAUGGCUCCCUAUAAAGGGCACUACUUUUGACCCAGGCCCUGUGCCAUUCAGGACGUACCCUGGGUGUAAAGUACUGUUAGCUAUGGCAGGUCCAAGGUUCUGUGUAUGUUGAAAUACCAUAGGCUGUCCUGUCCAGAUAGAACAGGGUGUGGAUAUGGAUUAAGGGCUGUCAAAAACACUGGGACAUUGUCACGAUCGCUGGAGGAAGUGGACCAAUGCGCAGCGUGAUGAGUGAACAUACUUUUAUUUUUAAUGAUCACACGAACAAAACAAUACGUGACGUCCUUGGCAAAAGACACUAACCAAACACGGAACAAGAUCCCACAACACACUGUGGAAAACAGGCUGCCUAAGUAUGGUUCCCAAUCAGAGACAACAAGCAACAGCUGAUACACGUUGCCUCUGAUUGAGAACCACACCGGCCAACAUAGAAACAAAUGAACUAGAUAAUCACCCUAGCACACAACACAUAGAAACCACACACCCUGGCUCAACAUAACAGAGUCCCAGAGCCAGGGCGUGACAGUACCCCCCCCCCCCCCCCCCCCCCCCCAAAGGCGCGGACUGCGACCGCGCAAACAUAAACCGAACAGGGGAGGGCCGGGUGGGCAUUCCUCCUCGGAGGCGGUUCCGGCUCUGGGCUUGACCCCCACCCUCCAACAAACCCCCCAAAGCGCCCCUGGUCCGGUCUGGCCCUGCUGGCCGGAGCUGGACUGAACACUAGUGGAGCGGAUUGCUCUAGCUCCGGAGUGGAGCAGCUGACCGGUGCCGGACCAGGCACCGGUGGAACAGGCACGGGCUGUGCCGGACUGACGACGCGCACCACAGGCUUGGUGCGGAGAGCAGGGACGGGCCGGACCGGGCUGACGACGCGCACCAUUGGCUUGGUGCGGGGAGCAGGAACAGGCCGGACCGGGCUGACGACGCGCACCAUUGGCUUGGUGCGGGGAGCAGGGACGGGCCGAACCGGGCUGACGAAGCGCACCACUGGCUUGGUGCGGGGAGCAGGAACAGGCCGGACCGGGCUGACGACGCGCACCACAGGCUUGGUGCGGGGAGCAGGGACGGCCCGAACCGGGCUGACGAAGCGCACCACUGGCUUGGUGCGGGGAUCAGGGACGGCCCGAACCGGGCUGACGAAGCGCACCACUGGCUUGGUGCGAGGGGCAGGAACAUGCCGGACCGGGCUGGCGACGCGCACCACAGGCUCGGUGCGAGGGACAGGAACAAGCCGGACCGUACUGGGGACACACACCACUGGCCCUACGCGGGGAUCAGGAACGGGCCGGACCGGACUGGCAACACACCCCAGUACCUCUCGCCGUGCCUCUACAUUCUCCUUCCCCCUGGUGACCAGUGACUCCCGUAACCUGGCGGCCUCCUUUGCCAACCCGCUGAACCACUCUAUCCCGGCCUCCUGCUGCCCCGUCGUCCACAGCGUGAGCCCCCCCCCCCCCUAAAAAUGUUCUGGCCGUCUCUCCUCCCCGUGGGCCAGGCCUCCAUGGCUCUCGCCAGACUCUCGCUCCUCUGCUCCCAAGUCCAGCCUCUCUCCUCCUCCCGCGGCUUGACCCAGUCGAGGUUGAUAUCCUUUAGAGCCCUCUCUGGCGUUGGCUCCUGGACACGCUGCUUGGUCCAGUUAUGGUGGGAUCUUCUGUCACGAUCGUUACACACAGUGGACCAAUGCGCAGCGUGGAAUGAGAACAUACUUUAUUUUUUAAUUACAGAAACAAAACGAUACGUGACGUCCUUGGUCACAGACACUAACCAAACACGGAACAAGAUCCCACAACACACUGUGGAAAACAGGCUGCCUAAGUAUGGUUCCCAAUCAGAGACAACAAGCAACAGCUGAUACACGUUGCCUCUGAUUGAGAACCACACCGGCCAACAGAAAUAAAUGAACUAGAUAAUCACCCUAGCACACAACACAUAGAAACCACACACCCUGGCUCAACAUAACAGAGUCCCAGAGCCAGGGCGUGACAGACAUCUUCCACACCCAGAUACAGAAUGUCCCCUCCUUUCAACACGGGACUUUCUACCACACCCAGUUACACACUGUCCCCUCCUUUCCAACACUGUUGUCACCAUGGUUUUGGUUGUCUUGACAGCAAACAUUUCUAUAAGUAGGAGUUAUGUUAAGCACCGAUCUAGGAUCCUCUUCCCCCUCACUCAAUCCUACCCUUGUUAACAAGGUAAUAAUAUGGUAAUAAGCUCAACUGACCUUGGCUCUGUGUCUAAAAGGCAACGUGUUCCCUGUAAUCAGCUAUGGAAUGGCAUUGAUCCAGUGACAUGAAGAAAGUCAACUACUAGAUAACCCUGCACCAUGGAAACUAUCUGGUUAUCAUAGCUCCAUGCAACCUAUCUGGAGUCCUAUGUAGUAUGCAAGGCUUUUGUGACUUUACCCUGGCUGAAUGCUCUAAGCAGUCCUGAGUACACACCAUGCUCCUCGGACUGGCCCCAUGUCCCUAACAUUCAGUUAUUCUGUAGUAAAUAAGGGGAAUAGAAUGGCUGAAUUUCUUAUAAUGUACUGGCUCUUUUGUUAGCAAAGUGGGGAUAAAACAUUCUAGCACCUAGAAUGAAUGCAACUUCUAUGGCCAUCUAGUGCAAUACCCGGAAGACUGUGGAUCAAGGGAAUUAAGCUGUGCAAACAACUCCACAAUAACACUAGUGUGGCUCGGGAGUUAGCGAAUGAAGGUAAAGUUCAAUGACCCCUCAAGGUGUGGCUAGGAAGGUUUAUUUGCAUUAGACACAGAACCUGCCCUCGGGAAAGAUCUGUUGUUUCAUUACCUCUCCAUUCUUCAGGGCAGUCGUUCUCUUCAGGGCAGUCUCCUCCCCAAAGAGGCUAUUCAACAACCGAUCUGAUUUUCGUUGCCACUGAACCAGAGUUUUGACAUUCAGUAGAGCUGUUAUCGAGGCUACCUAUCUCUGUAUCAAUGGGUGGCGCGCUCGUGUUCCAAUUGUCGGGCAGAGGGCGCUAGGACUUCCUGAUUGUUUUGUGACAGCGUACAGGUUAUUACAGUUCAGUCCAGCGACCAGAACACAACUGUUAGGGAAGAGUAAAAUAGCUACAGAGAAGUAAGUAAAACAACUUUUAAAAUGGCUAUUUUGACUUGAUUGAUAACAAGUGACUGAUUAUUCAUCUAAGUGAUGAUCAGCUGUGCAUAAUUUGGAUUGAAGAAACCGUGGUUCUAUAUGGGGCUUGCUUGACUGGAUUCAAUUGCAUGGGCAGGGCCAGAUUUGGGGACCCCUUGGCACCUACUUUUUUUAAAGCUAAUUACCUGUAAUUCUACAUUUUGCCAUGGCUUAUGACUUGCUUAUAUGCUAUCUGGGGGGGCCUCCGAACUCCGGGCAUGUGCCCUGCGUGCCUGUUCGUAAAUCCAGCCCUGUGCAUAGCAAACCAAUCAUAUUAAAUUGUUUUUUCCCCCUCAUAAGUAAUGAACGAUUGAACAAACUCAAUAUAUUUUAAAUUAUCUACAUUUAAACAUUUCCUUAUUAUUUUCCGUCCAUAAAGUUUAUUUUGUAUAUAAUUUUUGGGGUUUGUCAUGGUGUCCAUAAACAUUCUAUUUUGUAGAGAUUAGUCAAUAACUCUAGGUUACAAUUUUUACUGAGCAAGGUAGCAGCCAUCGUCUUUGCAUCAGUUCUUUAUAUAAUUGUUUUAAUUUUUUAAGCACUGCUCUACAGUGCGUUGAUUUUUGAUCUCUUGUGACAUCAGUGUGUUUGAGUAAGGAGCAGGUUAGGGCUGUUUUGUUUGGUUGAGACUGGAAGUGAUGUGAGAUUCAUGCACAGGUGGAAAAUGGUUAUUAUGUUGGAGGAAGCCAGAUGGAGGAAUGAAUCCUCAUGACUUUUAUUUUGACUAUUGAGAUUGAGCUCUUGCAAGCUGUAGCCUAGAAGCAUCUGAUAGAUGAUGGAACUGUGUACCACGAAAUCAGUUGCUUUUCCAUGAUAAUAAAAAUCUAUCCAAGCUCCACUGUUUGCUGUGUACCAACCUCCGUUCCUCCCAAUUAAACCCCCCCUCUCUCUCUCUCUCUCUCUCUCUCUCUCUCUCCCUCUCUCCUAGCCACUGACUAGUUUGGAGCUGUGGCAGAUGGUCAAGCAGCACUAUGGUAAUGACCUGGGCCUGAGCCAUGAAGAAAUGGAGAGUCUACAGGGAUCAGCAGAAUCAACCAUGCAGACACACACCAGGUAAGGACUAGGAGGACUCUCUCUCUCUCCAUGGGGUACUGCAUGGUUAACAGCAUGCACUCACCUACAUCUGUCUGACUGACACAUUUCUUCAACCUGUUUCCCCAUCUGGUCCCUGGCAGCCUGACCAUGAGGCCUAAUGGAGAAGACUCUGGGAGGCUGGAGAGGCCGUCUACUCUGCGCCUCCAGCCAGGGGAUCAGGGCUCCUUUGAGCACACCACGCCCCAGGGAGAGGACCUAACCUCACCCCUCGGACAGAGCAACGCCAACUCCAGGAACGUGGUACGACACCUGGCAUGUUAAUGACACAAAAGGCUUGGAUGAUAUUAAGUGAUCUCCGUAGAGCCAUACUGUCUCCAUAUUGUCUCUUCAUUACAUUUACAUUACAUUUUAGUCAUUUAGCAGACGCUCUUAUCCAGAGCGACUUACAGUUAGUGAAUAUAUAUAUAUAUAUAUAUAUUUAUUUUUUUAUACUGGCCCCCCGUGGGAAUCGAACCCACAACCCUGGCGUUGCAAACGCCAUGCUCUAUCAACUGAGCUACAUCCCUGCCGGCCAUUCCCUCCCCUACCCUGGACGACACUGGGCCAAUUGUGCGCCGCCCAUGAGUCUCCCGGUCGCGGCCGGCUGCGACAGAGCCUGGAUUCGAACCAGGAUCUCUAGUGGCACAGUUAGCACUGCGGUGCCUUAGACCACUGCGCCACUCAUUGUCUAUGAAUAUUGCAAGUGACGGACGAGUCCCAUUGAUGGCAUACAUAGCAACGCUUCCAUAGCCAGUGUGACAGAAAGAGUGACAUUGCCAUUGUGUGUGUCCUGCAGGAUGAUGCUCGGAGCACCUCGUCUCAGUGCACUCCUGAACCAUCCCUGGACCGCUCUGCCCCGGAGCGGGUCUCCAAGUGCUCAGAGCUCUCUCUGGACCUCAACACUAACCUGGACCACUUCUCUGAACAGAGCGGCUCAGAGAGCGCAGAGGACGGUGAGAAUGAUUCCCAAAUGUGUUUGUUAAGUGCCUGCUUCUUUAGAGUAUGUGUUUGUUUGUGUGAUGCUAUUGACACCAUCUUAGAUGUGUUUGUUUGUGUGAUGCUAUUGACACCAUCUUAGAUGUAUUUGUUUGUGUGAUGCUAUUGACACCAUCUUAGAUGUGUUUUCAUGGGCACUCCUCUGAGAUCAUGCUAACCCGCCCUCUCUGUCUUUCUCCCUGUGUCUCCUGUAGAGGAGAGAGUGUCUCUCUCCCAGCAGCAGGGCAGGCUCUAUGUGAACAGGGUCUUCAACAUCAGCGCAGAGAAGAUGUUUGAGCUGCUCUUUACCGACUCCCACUUCAUACGAAGAUUCAUGAAUGCCAGGAAGAUCACCAGUGAGUCAUCUCCCCAUCCACCCGCAACACUCCCUGUUAUAUCCCUGUUAUAAGCCACAGUCCCAACAUACCCUGUUAUGUCACAGUCCUCAACUCUCCCUGUUAUAUGUCACAGUCCUCAACACUCCCUGUUAUAUGUCACAGUCCUCAACACUCCCUGUUAUAUGUCACAGUCCUCAACACUCCCUGUUAUAUGUCACAGUCCUCAACACUCCCUGUUAUAUGUCACAGUCCUCAACUCUCCCUGUUAUAUGUCACAGUCCUCAACUCUCCCUGUUAUAUGUCACAGUCCUCAACUCUCCCUGUUAUAUGUCACAGUCCUCAACACUCCCUGUUAUAUGUCACAGUCCUCAACACUCCCUGUUAUAUGUCACAGUCCUCAACUCUCCCUGUUAUAUGUCACAGUCCUCAACUCUCCCUGUUAUAUGUCACAGUCCUCAACUCUCCAUGUUAUAUGUCACAGUCCUCAACUCUCCCUGUUAUAUGUCACAGUCCUCAACACUCCGUUAUAUGUCACAGUCCUCAACACUCCCUGUUAUAUGUCACAGUCCUCAACUCUCCCUGUUAUAAGUCACAGUCCUCUGAUUAGGAUAGCUUGUGAUGAGUAAUCCAUCUUUUGAAUGUGACUGUCUGAGAGUUGUUGUAAUGUCUAAAUCAGGGAUGGACAACUUUGAUGGGGGUGUGGGCCACAAAAAAUCUGAACUCAUCAUGAGGGGCCGCAGUGGCUCCUGGGUCUGCAUACCCACACAUGCAGUCAGAGCCUUUUGGGGGCCCUAAGUGAAAUUUUGUUGGGAGGGCCCCUCCGCCUUGCUGAGCAAUGGUGGAGGGGCGGAGAGAAAAAUUUGCAGUUUUUCAGAAAGUUUGCUGUUUUUCUACACAUUUUGCCAUGUGGCAGAGGGAUGUAGCUCAGUUGAUAGAGCAUGGCGUUUGCAACGCCAGGGUUGUGGGUUCGAUUCCCACAGGGGGUAUGAAAAAUAAAUAAUUGAUGCACUAACUAACUGUAAGUUGCUCUGGAUAAGAGCGUCUGCUAAAUGACAAAAAUGUAAAUGUAAAUGGAUACAUUUUACAGUUUUAAAUAUGAUAUCUGAGUGCGAGUGACUAACAAAAUUAAUGGGGGCCCCCUUGUCAGUAAUUUGACCAUGAUUGCUACAAGUUUAGAUAGCUGGCUAGACUAACUUACCAAUCUAUAAAAUGACAUGGGCUAAUUGAGUAACUGUCAGUGACUGACAUAAGAGAGAAACUGCUGAUACACAACCACAUGUCAAAAUCGCACCUUAUGUAUUCUACUAUUCUAACUCUCAACAUUAAGUUGAGACCCCGACUGAGUUUUUUUUAUUUUGGGUGGUGGGGGAGGGGUUGAUCCGCAGGCCUACAAAAGGGGGGCACCAUCCCUGUUCUAAAUAAUGUGUUUGUGAAAUAAUUCAGGCCUUUCCAUCUCAGUGCUUAACUGUAGUACCAAAUAGAAUAAUAGGUGUGUGUGUUUUGUGUUAACCGAUGUGUGAUUGUCUUUAGAUGCCAUCUUUGCCCCCUGGCAGAGUGAAGCGUCAGGCUCCAUGAAGAGGAGUCUCAACUACACCAUCACCAUCACCAACCCUCUGGUGGGCAAGUUCUCCACCGCCACAGAGAACCAGGUGAGCCUAGGUCUGCACGGUGUGUGUGGAGUGUUUCUAGUAGUGUGUGUGUGUGUGUGUUGUCUUUUGAGUAAUGUGUUUUCCAGAGUGUGUAACUCCUCUGUUGUCCUGGCAGAUCCUGUACAAGGAGUCCAGGGAGGGUCAGUAUUACCUCAUCGACGCAGAAGUCUACACACACGACGUCCCAUACCACGACUACUUCUACACUCAGAACCGCUACUGUAUCAUCCGCCACUCCAAACACAAGUGUCGACUCAGGUGAGCAGCAGCGACAAUACACCCUUCAGACAUUUAAACUUAGCUCCGUUUACUUUAGGGUGAAGACUUUCAGGGUAUUGGGGUUCAGUUUCUCGUUGUGGUCAGUCUCUUUGUUCGGUGCAUAAGUGCCUUUACAUGUUCCCCCACUGGGCACAAAUCUCAAUUCCAUGUCUAUUCCGUGUUGGUUCAACUGACUUUCAUUGAACUGAUGUGGAAACAACGUUUAUUCAACCAGUGAGUGCCCAGUGGGUUUUGUGUGUCAAAGACCAAUAUCCUUUAGGAAAGGUAAAUUCACUUCCACCUAUUGCUGGCCUAUGUACUGUUGGUUCUCUCUUCUCCCUGGUAGUUAUUGGUCAGUCUGAAUCAGCUGUGUUUGGUACUUCAGAGUUUGCGGUGACUAAUUACCUAUGUAAAAUAAUUUGAAUAUAGAUCAUUUGAUUACUAUUCAGUUACAACCAUAGAGUUGAUGUGCUGGUGUUGUGUGUUAAGGGUGUACACUGAUGUGAAGUAUAAGAAGCAGCCGUGGGGACUGGUCAAGUCCUUCAUCACCAAGAACUCCUGGAGCGGCCUGGAGGACUACUUCAGACACCUGGGUGGGUAGCAGGGCUGCUGCAGCCCCGGAGAUCUCCUCUCUUCCUCCAUCUUUCAGAAUAUCUGUCAGUCUCUCCUUCUCGCUUGGCUUAUCUCUCUGACUGAGUAUCUUCCUCUGAGAGCGCAUCUUUCUAUCUCCAAUGAGUCUCUCUGCCUGUGAGUGUUUUGGGUUGGCCAUAAUAUACUCCUGCUCUGUCUCUAAGUAUGUUGAUGGUUUCUGUCCAUCUCCCACUCUCCUAUACUGUAUAACGACCAGUCUCCCUCACCCUCACCCUCUCCAGUCUCGUCAGAUUAGAUCUGAAUCAAAGCCCUGCACUCACACUGACAGUCCAACUCUCCUCAUGAGAUGUCGAUUACAACCCCCUCUCCCUCCCCAUCCCCAAAGAUUGUACAGCAGUCCUCUCUACAUAACCCUUACCACCUCUAACGUUAGUCAUUUAUCCACCUCCUUCUUCCAAGGCAUUUAACCUGACUUUUCCUUUGACCCUAUGAUGUCAUCACAGAAUCGGAGCUGAUGGAAGAGGAGGCGGAGCUGAACCAGGGAGGCGGAGACCCCGGUAAGACGAUUGGCGGGCUGCGUCACCGGCGGAGGAGGACGUUCAGUCGGACACUACAGGAGCACCUGAAGCCCAGCAACCAGUACGGGGUCGACUUGGACCCUCACAGAGAGGGCAACACGGGUACAUGCAUGUUCUUCUGUUAUUUAGCCCUGGACAACCAUCUUCUGCACACAUAGAUAACAUUACAUGUACUAUACAAACACUCAGUAAUCAGUUGCAUGACUUGAUCACCUACAAAAUGCACAGUCAUCGGUCUUCCAUUCAUGCUGUGUCUCCUGUAAUGACUCCUCCCCGGUUGUGUGUCAGAUCCCAUGGAUAUGAAGGGUCCACAUCAAUGGAACAUCUCUACCAUCGUAGCUGGGAUGAGCGUCAUGUAAGUCAACCCCACCAGUCAACACUCAACGCGCAUAACUGUAAAUCAUCAUGCAACUUUUCUAUUGCAUGUAUGUGUUUGAGUACAUUCUGCUCCAUGAGCUCAAAUGACAACCACCCGAGCCACUGCCUGUUCACCCCGCUAUCAUCCAGAAGGCGAGGUCAGUACAGGUGCAUCAAAGCUGGGACCGAGAGACUGAAAAACAGCUUCUAUCUCAAGGCCAUCAGACUGUUAAAUAGCCAUCACCAGCACAUUGCUGCCUGUUGAAAUCACUGGCCACUUUAAGAAAUGGAACACUAGUCACUUUAAUAAUGUUUACAUAUCUUGCACUACUCAUCUCAUGUGUAUAUACUGUAUUCUAUAAUAUUCUACUGUAUCUUAGUCCAUGCAACUCUGUCGUUGCUUGUCCAUUUAUGUAUAUAUUCUUAAAUUCCAUUCCUUACUUAGAUUUGUGUGUAUUGGGUAUAUGUUGUGAAAUUGUUAGAUACUACUUGUUAGAUAUUACUGCACUGUCGGAGCUAGAAGCACAAGCAUUUCGCUACACCCGCAAUAACAUCCGCUAAACACGUGUAUGUGACAAAUAAAAUGUGAUUUGAUUUGAACAGUAUUUAGGCGUGUGUGUGAAGGUGUAUUUGCAGUAUAUUAGCCAGGUGUUUAUUGAACUUGGUCAAGUAAUCAGAAACCUUACUGCCUCCUCUCUUCCCAGUCUGCUGAUCCUAACAGUGCUGAACCUGGGGCUGUUCUUUAAGCUGUGGGCCAUGGAGGACGUGGCCACCCGCAUGUACCUGAGCACCAAGAACCGCCUCCGGGAGAGGACAGAGAGCAGGUAGGCUACUGCACACUGGGUGAAAGCCUGCGCUUACUUCUCUCCUCUGGGUGGCUGUGGCCAUGUUCCAAGACUUAGGUGGGAGAGACUGAGGGGUCUUUUCUGACCAGCAUCCCAUUGACAGCCCGACUAGCCAAAAUCUAUAACCUAACCUUAAGCAAACCCCUAACCCUAAUCUAAUUUUAAACAAUUUGAACAAAUAAAAUAUUGAUUUGCACGUCAGCCACGUCCCCUUAGUUUUACCUGACUUGGAAGCGUCCUUUCCUUCUCUAAUCCUUGGAGUAAUCACUGCUCUGACAUGAUUGGGUUGGUGUGAGCUAUGUUGAGGAAUUCUCUCGCUCUCUCUCUCCCUCUGUUGUCAUGUUGACUUUGUCCUGUCUCGUCCUCAGAUUUGCACCUGACUUUAGCCCUGGACCGGCCCCUCCACACAGGACCAGAGAGGAGACUCUGCUACUGGAAGCUGUGCUGCAGGACUCCAUUAACCUACUGGAGCAGGUGAGCCAGACGAGCAGCUCUGUUGGUGUGUCUGUCACAGCCUCCCAGAUGACACCAUGUGGAUCUGUACAGUCAUUGACCGUUUUCUUCCUCUCUUCUCCACAGCUCCGCUGCUCUCUGUUGGCGCUUCAGCAGAACUUUGUAACCAAUAGGACAGCAACGCCUCAGUGACGCCGUCACACCUGGUGACCUCACUACGCCCUAUGAACCCUGGGGUCGUAAAGGCUACAGGGAUGCGCCUCUGAGGACUCACUCUCCCAAGCAGGGGUGUUGCUAUAGGGACUACCCAUGCACAGACUACUUGUUACUAAGAGCAACAACAGUACAAGUCCCAGGGCCUUUGAUAGUGUGUUCCCAGGUGGAUGGAUGUUUUUUUAAGUUCAACUGUUGACCCUGCGUUGUGGAGGAAGAGAAUGGUUCCCAACCAUCACCAACACUGGGAGUCGACUAGUGGACUUGGGUUUGUGUGAGGUUCUAUUUUCAGUUUGGUUUGGGAGUACUUUAUUCUUCCUUAAUGUUGGUUCUGGGGUUACUGUGAUUAAGAUAGAAGUUCUUCUGGACUACGGUAUGUGCCUUGCAGUCCCAGCAUGCAUCACUGCGUACCCCUUCCAUUGCCAAGCUAAUCACAGCAGAUGAGAGCCAAUGGUGUGAUAGAAAUAAAUGCCAAUGUAAGAAAUCCAUGUAAGAUUUUUACUUUUUGCACAGCUGCCUUGUGUACUUUAAAAAAAUGUUUUAAGAUUUAUUUAGAAUAUAAAUAUUUGUUCAAUUAGAAAAUACUUUAUGAAUGUAAUUUAUUAAUAAUAUUUGGAUGGCUGUGGGUUUCUGCUCGUGUAAAUGUGAAUAAUUAUGCUUUUUUUGAUUGACAGAUUUGUUUUUAAUGAAUCUUUGGAUGGUUUGUGGUUUUGCAGCUGGUUUGUAAAUAUACAGCAGAGCUCAAUAUCAGGGUUGUAUUUAGAAGAUUGCAACGUUCUGACCGCUGUAGAUAGAAAUGCCUUCUAUAAAGCUGUCAUGAAUCCUUAUUCUACAUGAUGGAGAAGCAUGUUUGUUCUACAUGAUAUAGUUAUAUCUAAACGUUCUGUAACGUUGCACCCCACUGAACACGCCCCCAGGUGAACUUUCUCAGGAAUAAUUGGUUAGAGCCAAAACAUGCAAAUAUUAAUACUGAUUGCAUUUUGUUAAUUCCGUUAAAGUCCUGAUGCCCGUUCCAUAUACAGUAAGCUAAAUUAAUAGGGUUAGUUACUGUUCUGUAAUUCAUAUUCCUUCUACAUGAUGGUAAAACAAACCCAUUCAGGAAGCCAUGUCACUCAAACACUUCACUGCUUUUGUGUACACCCACUAUAAGAAUGUGAGCACCACAAGUUUGGUCUGUGGAUUCUGAGUUGAAUCCACACUAGUGCCUUGUUAGCUUUGUUCUUAUUGUUGAUGACAAAUGUUAAUUUUCUCAAGCAAAUACCACUCAUUAUUGUGUGGUGGUAUAGCUUCAUAUUGUAUGUAAAACCCAUCCUUAUUGUUUCAUAAUUGCACAGGAAUCUUCUUCCAUAGUUUUGUUAGAUUUGUUUACAUUGCAUUAGUGUAAACCAUGGGAUGUGAAUAGUUUAAAGGGAACACACUGUAUAAUUUGUUUUCCACACUAACCAUAUAUGAAGUUGAAUUAUGUUGGCUAUUUUGCACAUUUGUUAGACAAAGAUGUAAUGUAUUGUUGCUUUGAAUAAAGAAACCACAUUUCUCAGCCACA